GUUUUCUUUAUUUUCUUCGUCACUCCAUUGAACAGACACAGACUCCGUUCGAUUCGUCCAGGCCCAGCGGUUAUUCAAAGAAGAUUCAAAGCAUUCAGCUCUGGUUCUUUUGUUUUGAUGCGUUCCUCUUCUCCGUCAUUUUUCUUGUGGUGAACUAAGAAUUAUGUAUCGAUGGGAGGAUGUCGGUGGCAAUUUGGUCUGCAGGUCGGAUUCCUGUUGUGGGUCCUCGUGCAGUCGACUACGUGGGACGAUGAUUUUAACGGGGAAGAGCAGGAGCGCCGCGAGUUUUUCGCGGAAGAGGAUGAUGAAACGACCAACGGAACGACAAGUGAUGUCAACAAAGCUGUUGAAGCGAACAUCGCUCCUGGCAAAAGAACAACCGCAGCGAGAAGAAGUGUUCAAGAUGCCAGUAAAGCAAGAAAUAGAGGAUCGUCCACCUCUGUUCAUUCCACGUCGAAAACAUCAUCACCCAGCACACCGGCCGAAACCCCGAUGUUGGACGAAGCAGCUUCAUCAUCGUCAACUCGAAGUCAGGAUCAUGUUGACGUGUACCAGAAGACGGAAAAAAUGCUCCCAACGACAAAGAGCAGUCCUAGGGUUUUUGGUGCAGUGGAUGCAGACGCGCAGGCUGCGGCAGCUCACACCGAUGGCGACACGCUGGGGAAUCCGCUUUGUUUCGAGGACGGGGCCUUCGCGUACGAAGAUUGCUGCCUGGACUACGGGGCCGGUGCGGACGGGGUCCGCGGCAAUAAGGCCUGCUGGGACGAGAUUUACUCCUACGACGUGUGCUGCUUCCAGCCACGGGUAAACGUUUCGGACCGGAACACGCUGUUCGGGUGCGAAAACACUUUUUUUCGCAACUACCGCCGCGACGCGUGGAUCUACUUCAAAUUCCAGGAAACGCAUCCGCGGAUGUUUCAGGCCCACGCCAAGGCCGUGGCCAACUGGGUGACACACAAAAACCUGUGUCCCCCCGCGGUUCUGGUCACCAUUCUGAUCAAGCUCGAAGAGGACUUGGCCAUGAAGCCGCUGCAUAGCGCCUUCUUUGGGCUCCUGCAGUACACCGCCCAGCUGCAAGAAAUGGUGCUGUCUGCUCUUCUUCAUCCUGAUAAUAUGUGGCCGAGGAUGUGAUGCGUUUAAUUCUCCUUCUUGGCUUCUUGUGUAAAGUAGUUUUCAACGAAAGCUAAGUCCCCAGACCGACCUGAUGUUUCGACCGAUGUCACUCCACGACAGGUUGUUGCGCCUCGGCGUGGAAUUGUUCAGAUGACAAACUAGAAAGGUGGACUUGGACCACUUAAUAGAGAAGAAACACGUACUCGAACACGCAUUGUCAAUCUCAAUCAUAGGUGGAAAUAUGAAUAAGUAUAGUAAUAAAUGGUAAAAAAUGGAAUUCCUUUACAAAAAAAUCAGGUAAAAUCUGGUGCAAUGGGGGAGCGGGAGUUUCGCAAGUGGCCGCUAGACAUCGGAUGGGAGCACCUCCAGUCCGUUCUGCCGGGCAACAGCAAACACGCGAAGUUUCUGGCUCAGUACGAGAGCCAGAAAAAGUCCGUGGAGCUGGUGUUGCCCUACUGCAAGGAGCCGGCCGCGCGCAUCUUGGACUGGUACAAGGAGGCCUUCAUAUCCAAUGCAAAUGCGUCUGGGUCUGGAAGAACGCAAGAUCUUUCAUGCAGGUUUUCCAUGACGGAUGAGGUCUAGAUCUAGAAUGCAGCGCCUAGCAUGACAGAUGGUCGUGCGAGAUCGCUAUUAUGUCUAUCCUGUAUGAGAAACUCCCUGCCAACCUGGUCAAAAGUAAGCAUCUUUUGAUGACCAGGCAACACAGAUUUUUUCACGAUCCACAAUUCGCAUGCGAUUCCAGACCCAGGCGUAUAAUUGCAAUGCAUAUUUCACGCGGUUCGUCAAGAUCCACCUGACGGUCACGGUCAUUUUGAAGUGUGGCGACACACCCCAGCUGCGGCAGGUGCCUCACCAGGUGUUCAACCACACCAAGGAGCUGCGGUUCCUACAAAUCGAGGACGAGGACGUCCGGGGGGACGAGUGCAGCGGGUACUUUGGAUUUCUGGAGAAGCGGUACACCAGCCUGGCUGACUACACGAUGUUCGUGCACCCGGACGCGGAUGAGCACAUCAUGAUCAACGUGGACACGCAGUACGACCCGCAUCCCAGCGUGCACCCCGCGGUGGUGGAAAACGACCCCUACGUGCGACCGAAUCCGGACUACGAGAAGCAGCUGGCGAAGGGCGUCACCAGCCCGGAGGAGCUCCCGAGCCGGUACUUGCGUAGGAAGUCCCUCGGGAGCGACAACAUCCUGGAGGCCGCGCUGCACGCCGCGCUCGUGGGAAACAUUCCCAACCUGGGGUACCAGAACCUGGCGCACAACCGCGACACGUCCCCCUUCGAACACCCGGCAACCACGUUCCUGUUCCAGCGGCUCUUCAAGACCAACGUCCGCCCCCAGGUGGCCCCAAGAUCGUACUGCUGCUCGCACUUCAUCGUGUCCAAGCACCGCAUCCGGCUCCGCCCAGAGUCUUUCUACCGCGACGCCUAUCCAAGAUCUUGCUUUUGUGUCAUUGUGAGCUGGUGCCUCUCACGCACACAAAGUCAAUGCCACUACGCCGCCGAAGAAGUGCUGGCCUUGCUAGUAAAAAAAGAGAUGCAACAAGCGAGCCACUUUGUUCUUGUUCAUUCAGGCGUUUUUUUAGUCCCUGAACAAGUAGAAGCACACGCGCAGUGGGAAGGUAUCCUUCCUCAUGUGUUAAAUCGCGCAGAUCUGCCAUUUAUUUUAUCUGCGGCAAACUAUUUGUCAUGGUCGUGUGGAAAACAGUCACAGUGAACCAGUUUUUAUUUCCUGGGAUUACCCUCGCCUGCUCUUCACUACGCACCAAGGGUACACCAUUCCUCCCUUCCCGCGCCCGAUGCAGUGGGAUCUGCGGGCCCGAACCCUGUGCCAAAAUAUGAUGAAAUUUUGGCAUCUGGUCUUCGGCCACCCCCAGUUGCGCACGCCACUGCGCCAUCGCGAUAGGACGGUGCCGUACUUCCUCAAAGGACGCAACUUCAAGCCUCAAUAUGAAAACGAAUAAACCUGGUUUGUCACGAUCACGCGAGGCGAGCAUUUUCACAGCAUUCAUCGUACCGAAUCCGCCAUGUCUUCUGCGCAUCAACGCCCGUUACUACUGGAAAAAAAGCUUCACACAUUUAUGCGUAUGCCGUAUCUUUCAGGACCUCCU